AUGCAUGUUUCAAAGCAACUGCUGAAGAAGCGGAUGUCCAAAGGGCCAUACAAGAUCCUCCUGACGCCCUCGGAUUUCGUAUUCCCUCAGGUCACGGACAGUCUGCGGGUGGACGAGGGCAUCGAGGCGAUGCUGUGCUGCUGGCUGCAGCAGCUGCGCGAGUUCGGCGGCCCCGAGGUGGCGGAGCGGCCGGACCUGCUCAAGGGCUCGUUCGGCUCGCUGCAGCACCUGGCGAGGCCCGCCACGCUGGCCGGCUCCACGGGGUCGCUGGCGCAGGCGCGCUCCUACCUGCAGGCCGACACGCGCGCGCGCUACAACGGGGACCUGGUGCAGCUGAAGGAGCUGCCUGUGCAGGGGACGUUUGAGCUGAAGAGCAAAGCCAUGGACGUGCUCAUGACGCUGCACGGGCUGCGGCACGAGAACGUGAACCCGCUGCUGGGGUGCCUGGUCGACUCUUCGCGGCCGGCGCUCGUCUUCGAGUGGUGCAGCCGCGGCUCGCUGGAGGACGUGCUCGUGCAGGACGAGAUCAAGCUCGACUGGUCCUUCCGCCUCUCGCUGCUCACCGACCUCGUCCGGGGCAUGCGCUACCUACACACGACGCCGGUGCGCGUGCACGGCUACCUCACGUCGCGGAACUGCGUCAUCGACGCGCGCUGGGUGCUCAAGGUCACCGACUACGGGCUGCCCGCCUUCUACGAGGCGCAGAACAUCCCGCCACCCUGCAAGUCCGCAAGGGAUCUGCUGUGGACGGCCCCGGAGCUACUGCGGAACCCGGCGCUCCGCAAGCAGGGCAGCCAACCGGGCGACGUGUACAGCUUCGGCAUCGUCAUGCAGGAGGUGGUGGUCCGCGGGGAGCCCUUCUGCAUGCUCGCGCUCAGCCCUGAAGAGAUCCUGGAGAAGGUGAAGCGCCCGCCGCCGCUGAUCCGGCCGUCGGUGUCGAAGGGCGCCGCGCCGCCGGAGGCCAUCAACAUCAUGCGCCAGUGCUGGGCCGAGCAGCCCGACAUGCGGCCAGACUUCGGCGCCGUGCACGACCUCUUCAAGAAGCUCAACCACGGCAGGAAGGUGAACUUCGUGGACACGAUGUUCCAAAUGCUGGAGAAGUACAGCAACAACCUGGAGGAGCUGAUACGCGAACGCACUGAGCAGCUGGACAUGGAGAAGAAGAAGACGGAGCAGCUGCUGAACCGCAUGCUGCCCAGCUCAGUGGCGGACAAGCUGAAGCUGGGCAUGCCGGUGGACCCGGAGGACUUCCGCGAGGUGACGAUAUACUUCUCGGACAUCGUGGGCUUCACCACCAUAUCCGCCUACUCGACACCGUUCCAAGUCGUCGACCUGCUCAAUGACCUCUACACGUGUUUCGAUGCUACAAUAAACGCUUACAACGUCUACAAGGUGGAGACGAUCGGCGACGCGUACAUGGUGGUGGGCGGCCUGCCGGUGCGCAUCACGGACCACGCGGACCAGGUGGCCACCAUGGCGCUGGACCUGCUGCACCAGAGCGGCCGCUUCCGCAUCAGGCACCUGCCCGGCACUCCUCUGCGCCUGCGCAUCGGCCUCCACACAGGUCCGUGCUGCGCUGGAGUCGUCGGCCUGACGAUGCCUCGCUACUGCCUGUUCGGUGACACCGUCAACACCGCCUCACGGAUGGAGUCCACAGGUUCGGCGUGGCGCAUCCACCUCUCGCAAGCGACCAAGGAGCAGCUGGACAAGGUCGGCGGCUACCAGCUGGAGUACCGUGGCGAGACCGACAUCAAGGGCAAGGGCAAGAUGCACACCUACUGGCUUCUGUCCAAGGCCGGCUUCAACAAGGAGCUCCCAGUGCCGCCGCCCAUAGGGUGA